AUGGGUACCUUGAGGAACAACAGCUCUGCUACUAACAUAACGAUAGCAACAGAAGAGCCUGAUCGCUUUAACCAGGAAGCAGAGAUCAGGCGAUUGAUAGCGACCAUAGCGUUCUGGCUGAUCGUCACCGUUGGUAUUUUGGGCAACUCUCUGGUCAUUGUCGUCGUGAAGACAAUACGCAGCAUGCGAACAACCACCAACUACCUCCUGGUCAACGUGGCUGUGGCAGACAUCACCACUCUGCUUUUUACGGCAAUCUUAUUUUUAAUCUUGACUACAAAUAUCCCAAUUCGUUCUAGAGUACUAGCAGCAUUUCUUUGCAAAUUUAUCUUAACCAACACUGUUUCGAUUGUCACGCUUCUUGUAACUGCCUUGACGCUAACAAUGCUGGCUAUUGAACGAUACCACGCUCUAGUGAAACCCAUGUCACUGUCUGGAAGACUAAGCAUGGACUACAUUAGCUACGUAAUAGCUGGAAUCUGGUUGCUUGCUAUAACGUUAGUAACUCCUAUCUUUGCAACUUUCGAUUGGGAUUCAGAAAUGCGUUAUUGUUCUCAUGGUAAAGCAGAGCAUACAAUGAUGAUCUAUGUUGAUUGCCUUAUCAUCUUCCUCACAUUGAUUCCAUUUGCUGUGAUAUCAUUUUGUUAUUUACGGAUCGUCUAUGGCAUGUACUUCAAUAACACAGUUUUUGGAAGAAAUAGUGAAAGAUGCGACACGCAGGAAGAAACGAAUGAAAAAAGAAGAUUGGUUACGCUGCUGAUUUUGCUUACUGUAGUGUUUUUUAUAGCUUUUAUUCCGUAUGGAAUAUUGCUCAUCUUGAAAGUGAGUAAAGUGAACCACACAUAUGGGCAUCUUCAGAUAGGUUCGCAAUACCUUACACUUUUAAAUUGUUCGAUAAAUCCUUUUAUCUAUGCUUUUCAAAGCUCGAGUUAUAGACGAGCCUUUAAGCUCAUUAUCAAGAAAAUGCUGUGUCGUGAUGUUAGCUAUGAACUGUCAGAACUCCUUGAAAUGCGCACGCGCACGUCUGUUCGAAGCGUGUGA